AAUGACAUUAGUGACAUCUACGUCAAUCGAUUUAAAUGUAAACGAUAACAGGAAUACGUUAAAAUUAUAAUAUUUAAAAAUAAUUUGGAUUUGCAAAUAAAUCAAUUUAUGAAAUACUGAUAUGCAGAAUACGGAAAAAAUUAAUUCAAAUAUAUUAAAUUUACAUAGUGCAGUAGAAACUAAUGCAGACAUGCUAAGAAUGCAUAAUAUAGGAGAGAGUGAGGCAGUUAUAUUAAAUCCAGAAAAAGGUAAGACUGAUGUGCUAAAUAUCCAAAAUACAGAAGAAAAUAAUGUAAAUAAGCUAAAUAUACAGAAUACGAAAGGAAUUUAUGCCAAUAUGCAGUAUACAGAAGGAAUUGAUAAAAAUAUGCAAGAUACAGGAGGGAAUGUAAAUAUGCAGAAUACAGAGGAAAAUAAUAUGAAUAAACAAAAUGACAAUACUAGCUGCGACUCUUUGUUAAAUUUUUCACAAGUUACCCAAUGUUUAUAUUCAGAAAGGAUUGAUAAAGACGUGUUCAAGAGGAAGGAUACAGAAGGAAGUAAUGCCAAUUUCCAGAAUACAGAAGAAAGUAAUAGGAAUAAUAUGCUUAAUAAGCAUGAUGAAAAGGCAGAAAUGGAAAAUUUAGAAGAAAGUGAUGCAAACAUACAGUAUAUGGAAGGAAGUAAUGUAGAUAUCCUAAAUGUGCAAAAUACAGAAGGUAAUGCAAAUUUCAAAGAUAUAAAAGAAAGUAGUGGAAUUAUGCCAAAUACAGGAGGAGGUAAUACAAAUAUGCGGGAUACAGGAAAAAAUGAUGUGAAUAUGCAGAAUAUAAAAGGAAGUUACGGAAAUAUGUUAAAUAAAGAAGAAAGUGAUAAAUAUAUGAGAGAGAGUAAAGAAGAUACCAGCUGGGACCCUCGGUCAAGUUUUUUACAAGAAGUAUCACAAUUUGUAUAUACAAAAGAAAGUGAUAAAGACAUGAAUGAACAAAAUGAAGGUAUUAACUGUGACUCUUGGUCAAGUCUUUUAAAAGAAGUUUCACAAUUUGUAUGUGUUGUAAACUCUUCAUGUAACAAUAUAAAAUUUGAAGCUCCACUUGAAAAGAAUAUUGAACAAACAGAAGAAACUGAAACUAAAAAUGUUAAUACAUUUUAUGUUGGUGAAAUUGACUCUACUAAGUUAUUAGUUGAUAUUAAAAUAACAGCAGAUGAAGUAAUUCCUUUGUUGAGCGAAUUUUUUUCUAAAAAGGAAUUUAAUCAGGAGGAUUUUGAUAUCCAGCCCUUGGAAAAUUUUCUGAAGCAACUGAAAUGCACCAGAAUCAGCAACACAGAUAGCAAUAGUAUUGAUUCUUUUUUAUUUGGAAUCAAAAAACUUUGUGAACCAACAGAAGGUAUAGAUGUAUAUUGAAUAUAAAUUAUAGAAAAUUAGUUACUAUUUUUAAAUGUUAUUAAGAUUAUUCCACAUUCUCCUUCCUGUAAAUUUUUUAUAAUUUACAGUAAAGGUAUCUUCUAUUUGUUAACGAUUGAUUAAAGAUGAUUCAAUUUACUAAACUACUCAUGGAUUUAUAUCCCAAGAAUUUAACAAAUAUUUAUUUUAUGCAAAGACAUUACAUAUGAUUAUUACAAGGUACCUAAUAAAUGAGCUACCCUUAUGGGAUAUUUACAUGAACAAAGUGAUAUUUAAAAAGAUACUUGGGAAAGCAAACAAAAAUAAUUAGUACUUUAUACAUAUUUAUUAUCAAUCAGUUUCUGCCAUUUAGAUUCUUGUACUGUGAAUGUUUUGCUAUGUUUUAUAUGAAAUAUUGUUAAUAAAGUUAUUUGCAAUUCU